CCGAGUCCCGUCCCUGCGGCCAAACCCACGACCAACGUCUCCGAUCCGAUCCAAGCCGCCAUGGAUUUCUUCAAGUCCAUCCUCGCCGAGCCCGAUCCGGACCCGGCCUCUCCGCCGCCGGAGCAGGAGCCGGAGCCGGAGCCGGAGCCCGCCGGAUCCGCCUCAUCCUCCAGCGGCGGCGGGUGGGGGUUCGGUGGCCUGCUCAAGACGCUCACCUCGCAGUCCGAGACCGUCCUGGAGGCCUACCGCCGCGACCUCGCCGAGUUUGGCACCGGCCUGCGCCGCGAGACCGAGGUGCUUCGCGAGGCCGCCGCCCGGGCCGCGCGGGACCUGCCGUCCUCCGCGCACGCGCUAGACGGACUCGCCGACAUCGUCGCGCAGGGCAAGGAGGCGCUCUCCCAGGCCGCCGCCGCCGCCGGUGGCGGCCCCCAGGCCUCUGACGGCGGCGACUCCGACCCCAGCUCCGCCUCCGGGACCCACGUCCGGUACAGCCGCUUCGAGGCGCAGCUGCGCGCGCUCCAGGCGGAUCCGGCCACGUUCACGUCCGAUCCCGAGGACGCCGAGGACUUCGCCGCGUGGAGCAAGGGGUUUAUCCUGGACGAGAGGGAGGAGGAGAUCGAGGCCCUGUGCUACGACAGCGACGCGCUGGAAGCCAUGGCGGACAGGCUCGUCCCGGACGCCGUGCCCCGCGAGGUGUUCUGGCCGAGGUACUUUUACCGCGUCCAUAAGCUGAAGCAGCAGGAGGACGCCAGGGCGAAGCUCGUGCAGCGUGUGAUUGCGCAGGAGGAGGACGAGGACUUGAGCUGGGAGGUCGAUGACGACGAAGAGGAAGAGGAAGAGCAGCAGAAAGACAGCACGGAGGAGCUAGCAGAACAGAGGCAAGAGCCGAUCAAAGAAGAAGUCAGGCAGGAUAUGGCUGAGAAAGAAAAUGUGGAGAGAAUUGUAGAAGAAAGUGGAGUUGAGACGGUGGAAGAGGCGCCUGGUUUGGUGAAGGAAGAGAAGAAUGCCGCAGAGCCGCAGCCAAUUGUUCUCGGUAGCUCUUUGGUGGUAGUGGACAAGGAGGAGGAACGGGAAAAAGCAGUUCUCGGUAGCUCUUUCGGUGUGGUGGGUGAGGGUGAGAAUGCAGAGCCCUCCAAGUCGAAUGUCGAAGAAUCAGGUGCCAAGAAGGAAGGAGCGAAGCAUGAGACGAGUGAUUCGAGCAAGGACAGCGAUUACUCCAUAGUGUCUAGACAGCGAACUGCGGAGGAAGAGGAUCUUGAGUGGGAUGAGAUUGAGGAUCUAGGAGAGCAUGAAGAAAAGAAAGGCGGCAUCCAGACCUCAAGCCCUGCUCUGAAGGAGGAGCUGCGCAAGAGGCUGAGCAUUGCCGAAGAUGAUGAGGAUUUAAGCUGGGAUAUCGAGGAUGAUGAUGACAAUGCCUGAAUGCCAUUGGUGGUAUGGAAGUGUCAGUUGUAUUUCUACAUUUUGUACCUUCCAUUACUCGCGCAAGUUACUGUGAUUUGGCCAAUAAUGAUUGGCUAUCCUUAUGCUAUGGACACGUGUGUAUACUGUAAACUCUCCAGUUUGAUGAUAUCAAGUGGCAAUUGGCU